GUUAAUUUUCUUUACUGGUUCAGCCACACUCGCUCAAGCUCGAGCAUUGCUCGAGCGUUUGUCGAUGAAAAUCAGCUCGAGCUUUUUUCUUCUUUAUAUGAACUCUCACAACAGAUUAUUCCUUCAUUUCCUGCUUAUCGCUUCGAUACAAACGAGGCUUCUCUUCUAUUUUCUACUUAUUUUCCUCUCAGCCUCAGCAACAGUUGGCUUUCUGGUAUGCAUACUGGCAAGAAUAGAAAGGUUAAUAUGUUGGAGAUGGAAAAUGUGAGGUAUGGUGCGAGUCUUUUAAGGAAUCGAGCCUUGAGACAAUUAGUAGCCAUACAGUCUCUUAUAAGGGUGCUUCUAGAUGCUAAUGACUUGCCUGAGCAAAUUGAAAAGCUAAAGUCAAUGGAAUCUGAACUCGGAAUUAUAAAGAAAGUCAUCAAAACUAUCCAGAGAUCGCCAGAUCUAGAGGCUAGGGAGAAACUGCUCCAAGUAGAAACGGACUUGAAUAGAUGCCAACAACAACUAUCAGAGGUACGCCAACAACUAUCAGAGGUACGCGGACAACAAUCAGAGGUCCAUGAAAAAACAACAAAGCUUGAUGGAAUCUUCCUUAAUAAUGAGGAAUUCAGCAUUGAGAUUCUAGAAAAAGAGCUUAAUUCUGUAGUGCCACUCCCAUGUAUGAAAGAAGUUGCUGCAACUUAUGAUCAUGCACUUUUGCUAUCUCGUGAAGCAUCACCACCUACUUUUAGUGAUUUCAAUUUCCAAAUUUAUGAGAACAACAAAGGUCUCCAUGGCAUACCAUUGGGGAACACUAUUACCAAUGGAACCCUUCAACAGGGUUGGAGUGAGGCGUCUGAAGCACAAUACAACAAGAACGCACCACCAUUGUUGCACGGUGAUGGGGAGAUGGGGAAAGAUCCGUUCAAGAUGGUGGAACCGAUUUGGCCUUCUCACCGCAAGGAUGAGAAUAUCAUUAUGAUACCUACACCUGGAGUACCAAAUGGUGCUAUUGGACAACCGUUACCGCCCGAUGAUAUAAAAGUGAAUUGCUCGAGCUUGAUGUUGACCGGAGGAAAGAAAAGAAAUCAGAAAGCUAAAGGAAAAGGAAUCAAGAAACAGUGCCGGCCCCAGUUUUAUUCUGCAGUGCCAAGUACGCAAGCUGAUGGUCAUGAAAGUUUUUCAACUUUUGGCGAUAUGGAUAUCCCAAUUUGUGGGAUCGACAAAGGUCCCCAUGGCAUACUAUGGGGGAACACUAUUACCAGUGGAAUGCUUCAACAGUGUGGGAGUGAGGCGUCUGAAGUACAAUACAACACGAACACACCACCAUUGUCACAGAGUGAUAAUCAGAUGAACUUAACGCUCAGUGGAAGCAACAAAAGAGAUGGGAUUUAUGAAGCUGGACUACAAGGUACUGAAAUGAAUGAUGUUACUAUUCUUGUUGAUCAAGACCACAUAAGUUUGCCGGAUAGGGAGAUGUCGAAGUGUAAUUAUAGUUCCUGGCUAUCUAGACUUAACAAAGACAACAACAGUGUGGAAGUUGAACACUUCCAUGGCUUACAAGAAGCAUUGGACAAAACUCGCUAUGGGGAAACACCAGACUACCUCAAACAUAUCGCAACCCGAGUCGAAGCGGAUCGUGGAAAGGCUACUAAGUUUGGCCAUAAAAAUAUUGAAGUUCUGGUUUGUGCAGCAAUCAAAGAGAUGAAAGACUGGCUUCCAAAUAAGGAUUCCGGCUGUAACCAGUUGAAAAAGUGGGCUGCGACUCUCAAUAUGGGUAAGGAACAAGAUUUUGAAGUGAAAUUUGCUGAUGUCAUGUUGGAUAAGAUUUGUCUUGCCUGUUAUGCUUACUCAAAGAUUUAUGGGGAGGAUGGUUCAGCUCAUAACGUUGCGAGUGAAAGGCUGUGAUGCUCAUAUGGUAUUUGGUAUUUAAACUCAGUGAAUGGUUUGGGCAUUUCAACUAGGUGAAUUUGUAUGGUUAUUUUUCUAUAUUUGGUUUUAGUCUUUGAACUCAGUAAAUCAUUUUAGUAUUUGGUAUUUGAGCUCAUAUGUUUUGGUAUUUGGUAUUUUGAACUCAGUUAAAGAACUUGGGGUUUUUAUGGUUAGAUUUCUAUAAUUGGCUUUAUUAUAAGAACUCAGUGAAUGGUUUCGGUAUUGGAAUUCAGUGAGUUUGUAUUGUGUCAGGAAUGUUGACUUUUUUAUGAGUUUUAAUGAAUUAGUAUGUUUUAUGUUUGUGUUA